AUGACUUAUCCGGAUGAUUCCUCAUUUCCAAGCUCGGCUUUCGCCGCUUUUCGCAAGUCGCCUCGACAGGAGGACCUCUCCAGACUCGCCGCAGAGCACCUGAAACAUGACCUGACCGAGGGCGAUCGCGAUAUUCUAGCCAAAGCAUCUAGCCGGAUAAGCACUCGGGCCACGGUUGGCUCGAUACUUGGUCUAGGAUUGGGAGUUUAUAUGGCUUACGGGCUACGGAGAGGCCGCGUGGAAAUGUUUAACGCUUUCCGAACGGCACGCAAGCCCGUCCAGGUGACGUUCGCGGACGGAACGACUGAGAAGCUACCCGACCUGACGCGAAUAAUGCAGCCGACGGCGAUGGGUGACGUCUUCACCUACUUAUUAUGUGGUCUUGGGGGCCUCUUCUUUGGCGGUGAGACGGGGUUCUUGGCAGGAACAUGGUCUGCGACGAGAGCGAUUCGAGAGAAUCCUGACACCGAGAAGCGCAUCGGGGUGGCCUACCGACGGUUCAAGGCCGACUUCUUGAGACGGGAGGCGGAGAGGUUGGAAGCAGGUGGCCCUAUCGACUUGUUCUAA